UUAGUCUCCCAACAUAAGCACAUUCACAGAUGUCCCUGAACGGGCAGAGUCUCCUCACCCAUCACGACAGAGCAGCCCGCUCCUGUGUGAAGCGACGAGCCGUGGACAGAGAGGAACGCAGAGGGAUAAAAAGCGAGGUAGUGAGAACGAGGGCGGGAGGGAGAGCAGGAGAAAGAAGAGGUGAAGAGCCACAGAGCAAAAAGAAAUACAUCGCUGUCACUCUGACGUCUCCCCCCCCGUGCUCCCUGUUUUGGUGUGAAUGCAAGAAGAGGAGAAGGGGGGAAAGGGGGAGGAAAAUAAAUCCCGGGAGCUUGAGUCGACUCUUUGCUUUAUAUUCCCAUCUUUUUUUUCCUUUCUUUCUUUUUUUUUUCUAUCUCCAUCAUCCAAGGCAUGACGGCGAGUUUCAGCUGGCACUGCAGAAUAUAAGAAAGGGAUGCUUUUUGAAUGCCGCUUCUCUUCUGACAAGGGACAAGGAAGAGCGAAAGAGGGACAAUAAACAGGAUUUCUAGAUUGAUUGGGAGUCCCUAUGCCGUAUGCACUGGAAUAGCAGGGUUGCUCUGAAGUCUUUCAAUGAGGGGCCAGCCCAGAGGAAGUGAAACUGUUGCAGUUCGGAUGUCACCCCCAUGUCACGGCUUCCACUCAGCUUGACCAGCUACACCCACACACAAACAUAUCUCUGCUCCCCGAAGGACGCCAAUUAACGGCAGGCCUGAGACAAAGAGCAAGGAAGAAGGGAAUACGCUCUAGGAGGCGCCUGUACCUGCAGUGGAAGGGGACAGCACUGCUUGUGUGCACUUGCUGUUUCCUGACUCUGUGAGUGGACAAGACAGAGGAAGAGGAACAGGAAAAGGAAAUGGUCGGCUGAUGUGUCAUGGAGGAUGUCAACGCUAGGUAGCCCGUCUCGUCUCCAGUGUGGCUUUCCCAGCCGCGCAAUGAUCCAGUUCUAACUGUGGGUAAUGCCGAGCCAAAUAACCAAUCCUGGAGAUGCCGAAGAGAAGAGAUAUUCUUGCCAUCGUGUUGAUCGUGUUACCCUGGACUCUGCUCAUCACCGUUUGGCACCAAAACGCUAUUGCUCCACUCCUCGCCAUCCGAAAGGCCUGUCACCAUCUAGUAAAAGAGAUCUUUAUCAUUCCAGAGAGGCUUGCAGUUCGCCACCACCGGCUCUCAGAUGAUGGCGUCGAGGGCAAGAGGGAGGCAGGUGGCCAGGCGCAGGACUCCAAGGAAUACUGUGCCUCAGAUAAGGACAUUGUGGAGGUGGUGAGGACAGAGUAUGUGUACACUCGGCCUCCGCCCUGGUCGGAUGUGCUGCCCACAAUCCACAUCAUCACCCCCACAUAUAGCCGGCCCGUUCAGAAAGCUGAGCUGACACGGCUAGCAAACACCUUCCUCCAUGUCCCCAACCUGCACUGGAUCUUGGUGGAGGAUUCCCAAAGGAGAACGCCUCUUGUCACACGACUCCUCCGAGAAACGGGACUAAACUACACCCAUCUCAAUGUAGAGACACCCAGGAACUAUAAGCUGCGAGGUGACACUCGGGAUCCCAGAAUUCCAAGAGGGACUAUGCAGCGGAAUCUGGCCUUGCGGUGGUUGAGGGAGACGUUCAACGCCAACAACAGCCAGCCGGGAAUCGUCUACUUUGCUGAUGAUGAUAACACAUACAGCCUGGAGCUGUUUGAGGAGAUGAGAUCGACUCGGAAGGUUUCUGUGUGGCCUGUGGCUUUUGUGGGUGGCUUGAGGUACGAAUCCCCCAAGGUCAGUGCAGCCGGUAAGGUCUACGGCUGGAAGACGGUGUUUGACCCCCAUCGGCCCUUUGCCAUCGACAUGGCUGGCUUUGCCAUCAACCUGAGGCUCAUCCUCUUCAAGCCACAGGCGUAUUUUAAGCUUCGCGGGGUGAAGGGAGGUUACCAGGAGAGCAGCUUGCUCCGGGAGCUUGUCACACUCAACGACCUGGAGCCGAAAGCAGCCAAUUGCACUAAGAUACUCGUUUGGCACACGAGAACAGAGAAACCCGUCCUUGUAAACGAGGGAAAAAAGGGAUUCACAGACCCCAAUGUGGAGAUCUGACUGCGUUCCCGCCACAGUGGCUGGCCUCUGAGCUGAGAAGGGAGAAAACGGCUAAGCUUCUCGAUAAGUGCUCACAUCUUAAUCACGAGGAAAAGGAAAAAAAGGAGGUGGGGGGCAUUUAAAGAGGGACUUAAUCCUCUUGACUCAAUCUGACAUUUUUUGUUUAAAAAAAUAUGGACCAAAACAGUACAUAAUGUAUUGUAUUAAAGCACAGAUUAUAGCAAAAAGGCAGCAGAUAUUUGUCAGGUCUGCCACCGAUGUGCAGAGGAGACAACAGCAAAGGAAGCCUCGCAGGGUUGGUGGGGUGGCAGGGGGGGCGGUGGUGAACAAUGGCCCGCUGAGGACAGCCUAACAAAAGAGACAGCACAAUACGAAGAAGGAAAAAAAAGCAUACAGACAGCGGAUUCAGCCAAACAAGUGUUUUAAGAAAUAUCCACCUCAAAUUUAAAAGAACAAAAAAAGAGGAAAUAAAAGACAAAUGGGGCUGGAUCUGCACAUCGUAUCCCCCCCUGAGAAAUUCCUCAUGGAUUUAAGGACACGGCCCACAUCAUCCGCCUGGAUAAAAAAACAACACACAAGAAAAAAACACCACUCCGAGGAGAAAGACGCCUGAUGUGGAUUUUUCCUUUUUGAGCGAACGCAAACAUAGACAGGGAAGGAAACUUCUUCAUUUCGGUUUGCUUUAAGUUCAUUUAACUGGUUUAGGCGUUUCACAUGCACUUGACUUGCUAGUUCAACACUACUGACUCUUGCCUACAUUUACUCUGUCCAUUUUAUAGUCAUCCAUCAUAACUCGUACACUUGAAGACAGACUGCAGUUGCACACGUACCCCUCUGUGCUUCGAAGCUGAACUGUACAAGUAAGCAUCAGAAACCUAACACUCUCCCUAGCACUUAAAAACACACAAAUGUUCCUCUGUGACGACAUGUAUAAAUACUAAUUGAAUAUGAGAAGAGUCAGAGGAGGGGUUUGACAGAUGCAUUGUAAUUACUGUAUUUCUAUGUAAAGAAGAAGAAGAAAGAGUCCCUUUCCCUGGUAAAUUCCUUAGAACGACACACAACAAGGCACAGGUUCACAAUGGGUUCAACACAUGGAAAGAGUAAUAGCACAUCAGCAUCAUUAACGUGGCAGAUUCACAACCGCUGCCCUGACACCCCCCUCCAAAUCUACCCUUGACUUCAUCUGCUGUAACUUUGUGAGUUUUUUGCAAUGCAGAAAAACUCAAUGAUUUAAUAUUUCCCUUUAUCUGUGCACAAGCACACGCACAUCUGCCCCGGACCUCAUAAGUCUGCUGUGUAUAGCCCCCCCCCCCAAAAAAAGAAGGAUGAAGCGGCAUCAGAGCCUACACAGUUGGUUUUCACAAAGCCUGUCACUUCCUGUUAGCGCUAAAGACCCCCCCCAACCCCAAAACAUAGAGAAUUAUUAUUAUUAGUUAUGGCCUCCACAUAUGAAAUCAAAUAUUAAACCCAAGCCUAAAGUAACAGUGGGCUACAAGAAGAAAAGCACAAUGAAAAUCAGUGUUAUUUUUGCUAAAGAUCUGGCAGUGAGGUGAUGUGUGUUAGCAUCCAUGGAUGUCAAGAAAUGGAGUCUCUGCUCCUCUGAACAUUAGACAUCAGUAGGUACGACGCUGCGCUGCUGAAAGUUAUUCUGCAUCUCGUAUAAUAGAGUCUCUCCUCUGCUUGAUAAAUCAUCCAUCUUAGACACAGCGGUGGCUCUCUUAUCUGACGCUGGCCAGCAGAAGUAGCUGGAGAUAAUUCAAGAAAGAACUGAGCCUCUGUGCUGUUGCUAGAUUAUCUAUGUCCUCCCCCCACCUCCUAAAAAGAAAAAAAGAAAAACGAAACAAAACACCCAGACCAUCCUCCAUAACCCAGCACACACAGCCAACUCAAAACACCCUACUGCCCCCAUGAACACGUACAAGCCGCAGAACCCGUGUUAUUGCAGAUUUCACUUUGGAUGCGAUAAGAUACACACGCAGACAAAGGCUGUUUGGUAUCUCUAAAAUAACACAGGCCGUUUCCACUGACUGCAUGAUAUUACACCGCAGCCACGGAGAGAUCGCUAUCCUCCCAUUAUUUAUUCAAAAUCAAAUUUAAUAUAUUUAUUUAUAUAUUUAUUUCAAGCUUGGAUGUGCAAUUCAGUCAUGCCAGGGUUUUGCCCUUUAAUCUGUAUUUUCCAGUAAACAGCAUGCACAUAUACACUACACUGUACACAGGGACGAUUACACAGAUCAAUAACAGGUUGAAGGUGCCAGGAGGACCGUAGCACUGCUGCUGGCUGAGCUCUACUUGAGAUGUGUUAAAAGUCAAUGACAGAAUCCAUCUGAAAAGUUUGCUUUUUACGAGUGAAACAAAAUGUUCCAAAUGCUGCGUUUGUGCAGGCGAACAAAUGCAAUGUGGGGUACAGACGAGGCAGUGGUGAGUUCAGAACAAUGAUGCUGCGAUGUCAGGACAGUUUAAAUCAGGGGUGUCAAAUAUAAGGCCCAGGGACCAGAAUUGACCUGCAAAGACUCCAGUCUGGAAAAUGUGAAUGACUGUAUAGAUUUUCAUAGGUUUUGUGGCUUUUCCUGUUAAUGAAGACCCCCCCAUUUGUAGUAUGCUAAAGUUAUUAAGUAAUAAAUAAACAAUUCAUUGACAGAAAUUUCCCAUUUUCUCAGUAUCUACUAUAUAAAUUUGUCAUUUAAUAAAAUAUGUUUUGAAUUAAAACUUUAUAUUUUAUAAUUACAGGCCAGUCUGGGCAAUGAAUUGUCAGAACUUUGCCAGUAAUUAUUAAUAUUUAGCAUGUCAUUUCACUGCUCCAGCCCAUUUAAGAUCAAAGUAGCUUCUUUGCGGCCCACGAUGUGAAAUGAAUUUGACAUCCCUGGUUUAAAAAGGCUUCAACGUCAGAGUGAUGCUGUUUCAACUUUGCCCUUCAUCUGAUCCCAGCUGAUGACGCAUCAAGCAGUAUGUGAUACAGCAUUAGUCUGUUAUAAAGUAACCGUCCUGCAAUGUGCAGCAACAUCAACACUGAAAGUCAUUUAAAGAACAUAACCCCUCUGAGGGCGUUUAAAAGGCACAAUACACUUUACACACACGCAUGCACACACACAGACACAAAGUCCUCCCUUUUCAUCAUCUCCACAGUCAUCUUUCAGCCUCAUGCGAUUCACAUUUUAUGCAUGUGACUCUUAAGGUUGUUUAUUUGCCACAGCAAUUCUGUCUCAGAGAAAGAUGUUAGUUGAAUCCAGAUAAAUAAAUCACUGAGAACAAC